UAAUUCCCUCGGAAUUUUCCGAGGGAAUGGAAUCCUCGGAAAAUUCCGAGGGAGUUUUGUCCCUCGGAAUUUUCCGAGGAACUCCAUUCCCUCGGAAAAUUCCGAGGGAAAAUAUGUUCCUCGGAAUUUUCCGAGGAACAUAUGUUCCUCGGAAUUUUCCGAUAAACAUUCCGAGGAAUGUUUUGUCGAAACUUCCGAGGAUUUGACCAUCGGAAUUCCAUCGGUUUAUUCCGAGGAACCAUCCGACGAAAAUAUGUUUCUCGGAGUUUCCUCGGAAUUUUGUUUCCUCGGAAUUCCGUCGGAAAUUUCCGACGGAAUUCCGAGGAAGUAUGAAUUUCCGAGGAGAUAUUUCCGAGGACUUUUUUCGUCGGUAUGUCGUCGGAAUAGCGUUAUUCCGACGACAUACCGACGAUUUUUUCCCUCAGUAUCCCGAUGUUUUCUUGUAGUGAUUUUGCUUUAUUUAUGUACAAACCUAACUUAUUUCUUUGUACUUAUAUAGGAUAUAGGAGUUUGGCUUGCCCGAGCGUUUGUAUCGGACUGGUUACGAACCAACCGAAGGAAAAAAAAUCAAUAACUACUUCAAGUUGAGAUUGAUAGAAGUCAUAAAAUUAGCUCUUUCAGAUGUUCAACAUGGAAAGUUGGCUAAGUCGCAGUUAAGACAAAUUAUGCUAAUGUGAUUCCAUAUUUUUCCAGUUAUGUUUGUCUACCAACUAUUGUCCCGUAAUGGUUAUUUUUAUCAAAAAACAAUCGGUAUGUACACCUUUAUAAUAUAUCCUAAUAUACUAUUUUAUGUUAUUGUCAUAGUAUAUUAAUUAUAUUUGUUCAUCCCUUUUUAUCACUCUUAUUGUUUUUCUCUUUAUCAUCCUUAUCUUUUCCUUCCCUACAUCUCUCCCUCUUCAUUUCUUUUGCUUGUAUUGACUAUAGCAGUUGAUAAUGGAGAUUGCAAUAUCUUUUGGUCCUUAUUGUGUUCCAUGAGUUAGGUAUUUCUCUUUUACUUGGGUUGACUAGUGCAGUUGAUAAUGGAGGAUUGUACUAUAUUUAAUAUAGGUUUUUAUAUUUCCUGUAUUUUCACUAUAUCUGGUGUUCUUUCUAUACACCACUUUGCUUAUACUAUCAUACUGUGUCAUAAUCAUGUAUAGUAUAGUCACGUAAUGGAUGAAACUCAACCACAUAAUCGAUGAAAUGCAACCUCAUAACUAAUUAAGUCAUGUGUGGGAUUAUACUAUAAAGGUAUGUAGUAUAGUAUGGCAGUUUAGUUUUGGAAUGUCAACAUCACGCGCACGCGCCUCGAAGGAGAUUUCUGUCACGUUUGUGCGUAAAUUGUCUCAUCCGUCCUAUGUUACUGUAGCAUGGACAUAAUCUUCAUUUUUUUGCCUCUUAUGAAUAUUCAGUAAAUUCACCCUUUAUUAUUUAUGAUUAUCUAAUAGUUUUGAUUUAAUAUUCUGAUACGACUUGUUACCGAUAAUUAUAUAAGAAUUAUUUUUGAAAGAAGACAGAGUACUUUAAAGCCUCUCUUCCUCGUUACCUAUAUCUAGGGUUUCACAAAACAAAGUAAAAUAGAGGUUGAUGAAGAGAGGACGGAAAGAGAAGAGCCAUGAUACCUCAACAUCGUCGACACGACUUCGUCAGGGCGGAGAUAUCAAUCUCCCUCUCGAUCUAAUGGUGGAGAUACUAAAAAAAUUACCGGCGAAGUCUCUAUUACGGUUCCGAUGCGUGUCGAAGUUAUGGUCAUCAAUUAUCAGCAGAAGUAGAGACUUCAUAGACUCAAUGGUGACUCGGUCUUUGACUGAACCUCCACGUGAUGCACACAUCAUCGACGACUUCGCAGCAGGCAACUAUAAGAAAUGUUUCUUAGCCUUUUCAUCUAGUACUAUCCCUCGAAAUACUAAUGAAGUAUCGGUACUAUUAAUGCCUGAAAGGAUGAAUCAGUAUAUUCGUGGCUUAAUUUUAUGUUGGUCAAUUUCUCGUAAUAAGGCAGCUAUAUAUAACCCUACCACAAGGCAGUGCUUUAACUUACCGGAUACGAAAAUCAAAGGCAUUGGAUCUUGCUUCUUCGGAUACGACCCUCUCGGGAAUCAAUACAAAGCAUUGUACAUACCGUUAAACUAUAUGGAGCAUGUUUGUCAAGUGUUUACACUAGGAGAUCCCACGGCUACGCAGUGGAGAUCAAUCCAAGGCGUUAAAUCGCACUUUCCAAUGGCAAGUGUUGUUUGCAUCAACGGAGUUAUCUAUUACCGAGCAAUUAAUGCAGAUGCUACUUCUGAGUAUAAGUUGAUGAGUUUUGAUGUUAGGUGGGAGAAAUUUUAUCAUGUCGAGGCUCCAAAAACAUUGAUGGAUCACCCUUCGAUUCUGAUAAACUACCAAGGGAAGUUAGGAUUCGUAUGCUGCGAGGAAGGCAUAGAAAUUUGGGUGAUGGAGAAUGCUAACAAGGAAACCACACAAGGGUGGUCUAUGAUUUUCUUUUACGAGAUGGAGGGUUUUAAAAGAUGGCGCAUCUUGGGUGCUACUCGUGGUAGUGAGAUCGUUUUUGUCCAGCCAGGGUACCUCUCUAGUGACAAGUUAUGGGUCUUAUAUUAUGAUCCAAAGCAAAACAGUAUGAGAUAUGUUGACCUCAAAGGUACUUAUCCCGAGGAAAAAAGGGGUUACACGUCUACUAUUAUCUGGAGUGCUUUGGAUUAUGUCGACAACACAAUGUGUUUGUAUCAGGCUAUUAGUUAAGAAAUUUUCGAUGUGAGCUUGUGGUUUUUCUUCAUCUUUAGGAUAAAGAUACAAUAUAUAACCUAUAAAGAAGAUUUUGUUGUGGUUUUCAUAUGAUACUAGGUGAUACUAUUGAUCAAAAGAGAUUAUAAUUUUAAAAUUAUAUUGUUUAAUUUACUGGUGUAAUUUAAAUGUAUUUGAUUUUUUUUUUAAAUGUGAGAGUAAAUAAAGACUUAAUAUAUAUUUAAUAUGAGUUUAUGAUAAAAUAAAACACAAGCAAUGUUUUUCUUCAUAAUAUAAAUUAUGAAUAUAUAUAAAAAAAAUAGAAAACAUAGAUAAUAGAGUAAAAUACUAAAAAAGAAAAUUAUAAAGAAACAAAUUAUAAUAUGGUUUUGAUAUAUAACAAAAAAAGAUCAAAAUAAAUUAGAGCCCUUAAUUAGAAUCGAACACUCUACGCACAGAGCGAACACAACUAUA